UUAAUGCCAUCCGGAAGCAAUAACCGGAUAUUACAAGGCGUCUGAGUUCAAAUCGGUUCAACGCUCCCCAAGGCAGAGGGGAAAAAGCUAGGCUUGGUUGGCUGGGUGCAGAACACAGAGUCAGGAACUGUGCAAGGACAGCUUCAAGGUCCGAAAAACAAGGUGAGACAGAUGCAGGAUUGGCUGAAGUCUACUGGGAGCCCGAAGUCACAAAUCAUCAAAGCAGAAUUCAAGAAUGAAAAGAAUGUUGAGAGCUUGGAUUACUCAGCAUUCAGUAUAAUUCGCUCUUGAGUUUAGUUUACAUUGUAUUAUAUUCCUGAAGGAAUGCGUGUCUAUUUAAAAUGUUCCUGUAAUGAAAGCUAACAAAAAUGUGUUGUAAAUAAUUCUAACUUUAUUUAAUUUAUUUAAGGCCUAGAUAUUAACUCUGAAUUGUGUAUUAACAUGUAUUAUUUAAAAUCCAAAAACAAAAAUACAAAUUUUUUCUUCAUUAUUUUCAUUUUGUUUAUUUUAUAUACCAUGAUCUUAUCCUGGAUACCAGUUUGUUGAGCUAAUAUUCCACUCACCGCCAAAUGACUAGUAGUGACAAGGAGUGCAAUGUUCACUAAAUACACUGUUUUCCUGCUGUAGUGUUAUCUGAGUGGGUUCUUAAUUGUUCUAGGAAUGGAGUAACAAGCUACAUAAUGAGUCAAUGAAUUGCAUUGCAAGCUGAAUGUUCUGAUUUGUAUAAUGGAAAAGCCAGCGACAACAAGACCCCUUGAGGAAACUGCUGCUUGCCUUCAGACUUUCUUAAUUCCGCUGUUACCACUUCCCUUAUAACUUCCAUCAGUGUCCAGCUGAUCAUGUGAUUGGGUUUUAUAAAUAGCUUUUUGUGCUUUAAAGCUCUUGCGAUUCUUCAAAAAGUGUUAUUAGUAUUUACAUAAUGCAUUAAUAUAGGUAGUAAACGUUUGUGUUGAAAAUAAAUUCAGUAACAACAGCCAAGCAAGAUUACAACAUGAACAACGACAAUGCACGUAAAAUAUAAAAUAAAUUCAGUUGCUAUCGAUACAUUGAAAGUGUAUAAUCUAUAGUACUCUUUAUUAUGCAACCUAAGUGAAGUUAUAGACUCAUCACAUAAUGUUCAAACUCUGGGUGUCUUUUAAAAGGGUACUUAAUAUGUAAUAUACGGACAUCCUCAUGAAAAGUUGAUUGGUUGUUGGAUUACGCAGGCAGCCCAAUGUUGGCUCUUUUUCGCUAAAUGUCUUCAAAUUAAUCUUAUAAUUGGUCAAAAGACUAAUGAAAAAAAUAUAUAAAUCUGAAUGUGGUCCGCCUUUGUAAAUCAGUCAAUAAAAACGUUUGCAAAUGCAAUGUAUCGCCUUCAAAUGACAUAAGGCCUCAACUGUGUUUAUUUCAUAGGUCCAUCGUUGAUUUCUAGUAAAACUUGUAUUUGACUCGUUUUAAAGACUAUUUGCCAUAAAACCCAACCAAGCAAUACGUAAUUGCGUUUCUAAUUCAGGUUGUUUGAUCUCUCCCAUAUUUCGUUAAAUUUGCUUCUAUUAAAAGAAAAACGUCUGCAUCGGCGUAACCGAAAAUAAAACAUCUGGUAUUAUAACCUGCAAGUAAAACGUUUGACAUUUAAAUACGUUUGUUUUGUUAUCUCGUUAAAAGAGCGAAGGAGCUUCCUGGAUUUGAGCGGAACGAUUUACAACGGGUUGACUGGUCGUUCACGCCAAAUGGGGGCAGUGUUUGAUACGUGAACUUUACUGCGAGUGAAAACGGCAUGAUAUGAAGAAGCUGCCCUUCACAGUGGUAUCAGUCCUUAAAAACAAGCGUUGCGGUUGGAAUUAAUGUUUCGUAAAAGCAGACUUUAACGCUGUUCCAUCUCCAGGCUGAUCGUAUUUCUCAACUUAACGGUUCCUGCUCAGUUGUGCUGUGGAACGUUUCGUCUUUUGGAAUGCACUGUAGUUUGAACCAUAACCAGUUAGUACCAUGCUAGCUGGCUAUACUUACGUAUGCAAGAAAGCUAGCUAGAAAGUGCAGUGGCCCAUUGUUGCCGUUAUAAAUUAACAACAGUCUAAAGUUGUAAGUAUGAUUAAGUAUUUGUCAAAAGAAGUUCAAGCAAAGCUUCGGUCUGGAAUCGCUAUAUUUUCAUUACAGCAAUGUCUUGAGGAGCUUAUUUUGAACAGUAUUGAUGCUGGUGCAACAUGCGUGGGUGUGAGGGUGGACAUGAAAGCCUUCAAAGUGCAGGUUAUAGAUAAUGGCUCCGGGAUGGACAUUGAGGAUAUGGAGUAUGUUGGAAACCGAUAUUUCACAAGCAAAUGUAGUUCUUUAGAGGACCUGGAUAAUCUGAAAUUCUAUGGAUUCAGAGGAGAAGCUCUUGCCAGCAUUGCCAGUCUUGCCAUGCUGGUAGAAAUAUCAUCUAGGACCAAAAUCUCUGGGAAGACUCAUGUGAAAAUCUUCAAGGAAGGCAAGAGUUUGGACAUGUUUGAGGCUGAGAAUACUCGCCCCUCGGCAGGGACGACUGUCAUUGUUUGUAACUUCUUUUACAACAUGCCAGUGAGGAGAAAAAGGAUGGAUAGCGUGCUUGAGUUUGAAAGGAUCAAACAGAGAUUUGAGGCUAUUUCACUCAUGCACCCCACUGUCUCCUUCACGCUGAAAGAUGACUGCACAGGGACUAUGGUGAUGCAGCUUUCCAAAGCACAAAACACUUACUACAGGUUUGUUCAGAUCCAUGGUUUAGGGAGGGCCCAAAAGCUUGGUGAAAUCAGCCACUCCCAUGCACAGUUUGAAGUAAGCGGUUACAUAGGAAGGGAAGGCCACUACAACAACACCUUACAAUUCGUCUUUGUGAAUGAAAGACUCCUUCUCAAAACCCAUAUCCACAAGCUGCUAAACCUUCUCCUGCGCAAAUUAGGCAGUUCAAGUAGGCUCAGUGACAGCCCUGUUACACCUGCUAUUUGGAGUCCACAGCAGAGAAGAGGGACAGAGCUACAUGGAAUGUAUGUCAUCAAUAUUAAGUGCCACUACUCUGAGUAUGACAUAUGCUUUGAGCCUGCCAAGACCCUGAUUGAAUUUAAAGCCUGGGAAACACUUCUAGUCUGCAUAGAAGAGGCUGUGAAAGCAUUCCUGAAAAGAGAGAACUUGGUAUGUGAACUCUCCCCAGAGGAUAUCCUGGAUGAUGUUUCUCAGAAUGUGUUUAGUGGUCAAAUGACUAGCGCAGAUGGAGGUAAGGACUCAAUUGGAAAAGAUGUACAACCACAGAUGGAAGGUGUUGCCCUGGAAUGUAACAUUGGAAGGACACUUGCAUCUGAAGCUGUUCAUAGAAGGCCCACGGAAGGUUCUUGCAAGAAAGAAUGUGUGUGCCAGUCAUACGAUGGAGUUAAAUCAGAGGGUGACAAAAAAGACGAACAAGGUGAUGGUGAGGUCCCUGAGGGAUGUGAACAGGAACAAGUGCAUUAUCCCACAAACAGACAAAGUGAACCAAGCUCAAGUGACACACUGAGAGAAGCUCUCCAGUUUGAUUCAAAAAUGUAUUCAUCAGUUAUAAAUUGCUCAGGAUAUGAGUCUUACAAGGACAUUACGAAGGAGAAUAAGUCUGAUGCAUAUAUAUCUGAAGGUUUUUGUGCUGAAUCCUCUCAACAUGGUCUUAUUUAUACAAAGAGUGAACAUCAGAAAAUUAGUUUAAAGGGGGGAACAGAGAUAAAUAAUGCAAGAAUGCAGGUUUCCCCCUCAAAAUGUGUUGUGAGGGCACCAGAUUCUGUCAGUGAUUCAAACCAUUCGGAGACAGUCUCCAUCAAACAUUCACCGCCUCAAAUACAGAACAAAGAACAUAAUCUUGGUGAGCAAAAAAAUAUUUUUAUAUCAGACCCAUACAUUCAUAGCAGUUCUAUCUCUCCAAAAUAUACCCAUCACAAGAGUAGAAAAGGACUAGCUUUAGAAUCUAGUGAAAUACCUGCCACAAAACGAAAGUUGACUGUAGUGGAGGGCCCGGGGCUUAUUAAAAUUGGUGAGAAAAAAAGUAAGGACUUGCCUAAUGCCAUCCCUGCAAAGAUUUCUAAAUUAAUGUCUUAUCAAAAGCUGGCUUUACAUAAAGAGCCUGGAUCUCUGGACAGGUUCAGAAGAACAUAUGGGAAGCCUGCUAAUUCCAAACCACUUUCCAACAAUGUUAGCAAUAAUCUAGCAAUGGAUGCCUCAAUUUCCCAGACAGAAUUCGCGGCAAUUAAUGCCAAGACUGUUUUGCCCCUUCAUGAAACAAAUCAAGAAAAUGACAUUAAAAAGUCACGUCUGGAUCAAAUGAAGGACCACAAAAGCUCAUUAACGCUAUCUAUGUCCAUGAAAGUAAAUCCUCUUACAACACAGAGUCGAAGCAAUAUGUCAUCUCUUGCUGCCAAACUCUCUCAUUUAAAACACCUAAGAACAGGGGUUACAAGCAGUGCAUUCGAACAUCCUCCAAAGGCUACUUCAAGUGAGGAUCUCGGUUUCCCAGAAACUGUAACAAACGGUACUCUUCUAGACAUCAAUGCUGAAGAAAAAUACAAUGACCGAAGCCUGAAUCUUAACUUCAAUACUAAACUUCCACUGGAUGAAAAAGAGGAAAACAAAGUCACAGCAUCAAGCGAUUGGCUUCAUCACUAUGACGACGCCGUAGGGAAACUAGUAUACGUCAACAAAGUGACAGGACUCAGUAAAUAUGAAGCGCCUCCUGCUGAAGAGACACAAGCGCGCUGCACGUCAGAUGUUUCCAACAUGGCAAUCAGUGUAACCUCCAAAAACGGGGUCGAGUACAGGUGUUACCCAUUUCAGAUGAAUCUAGUCUUGCCCUUUCUUCCCAAGUCCAAGCCAGGGAGAGUGCUUAGUUCAGGGCCUGAUAAUGGAGAUGACAUUCUCAACCCUAAUUCACUGUCCUCGCUGUACUCUUCGUGGGCUAACCCUGUGUUUGCACGACCUCCUAUGAUUGGUGUGGACAUAUCAAGUGGAAAAGCUGAAGGACUGGCUGUGAAGAUUCAUAACAUACUCUUUCCAUACCGCUUCUCCAAGGACAUGAUCCACUCAAUGAAGGUUAUCCAUCAAGUGGAUAAGAAGUUUCUUGCAUGUCUAAUCAACACACAAGACCAUGAGCCUGCUGCCUGCGGUGAAACUAAUGGUAACCUUUUAGUGCUUGUGGAUCAACAUGCUGCACAUGAGAGAGUUCGUCUUGAGAAAUUAGUUGCAGAUUCAUACGAGGAUGACUCAGAGGCAGUGGGGGGGAGGCUGCUGUGUUCAUCCACUGUAACCCCGCCACUGGAGGUCAGCGUGACAGAGGACGAGCUGAGGCUGCUCAGGUCCUGCCAGACCUUCUGGAGGGCCCUGGGUCUUAAAAUGCAGUUUUCACAGACAGAACCCCUGGUGCUGGUAAGAAAGGUGCCAAUGUGUUUCACAGAGAAGGAGAGCAAUGAGCUUCGCCGAGGGAGGCAGUCGGUCAUCAAAGGCAUAGUGGGGGAGUACCUUCAAGAGCAAAUUGAGUCACUUCGUUCAACUGGCAGAGUAAAAGGCACAUUGCCACUUACAGUCCAUAAAGUCCUAGCCUCCAUUGCAUGUCAUGGUGCAGUCAAAUUCAAUGACCGCCUCAGUAAGGAGGAGUGUUGCAGCUUGGUUGGCUGUCUGUCUUUAUGUCAACUGCCCUUCCAGUGUGCUCACGGCCGCCCAUCUAUCGCCCCACUGGUAGACAUCCUACACUUGAAUGACCAAGAGGAACCACACAAACCAAACCUCAGAAAAUUGAGAAGGAUGUACAAAGCCUGGGUACUUUAUGGAGAUGUUAAACUAUAAAAUGAAUGAAUUAUCUAUUAUUUAAAAUAAGACAUACAUUGGUACUGUUCAUCUUUUGGGUAUUUUUGUGCAUGCUGUAAUGUUUAUAACAAGAAUACAAAAAGGACCAGUGAAAUUAGAUCAGUGAAAAUGUAUUUUUUAAUCAAAAACACUACCAUGUACCUGACAUACUGGGAAAAUAUGUUUUGCAUAACAAAAGUUGAACAUUUGAAGGGCUGUUUCUUGUACUUGUAUUUUUAAACAGUAUUUACUGAAACAAGAAAAUCUAAGCAAAAAUAGUACAUGACAAUGUUAAAAUAAUGGAUCUAUGUUCUGUUUGUUUUUUAAUUAAAACAGACGGAUGAGGGGCUAGUACAAAAAACUGAAGCUGUAACAAAGAUUAAACUGAAAUAAUUUACAAUUGUAAGGUGGGGCUUUU